AUGGCCUCCGUCACAUCUCACACAUCCCCGCAUACAUCACCGUACGACUUUGAUAACACAGAAGACGAAUCAUGGCAAUAUCUAGAGUACUCGAGCGGCGCAUCGGCCCCUGGGUCCGUAGGGUUUCUCCCCAGUCCCGCGAGCGGUAGUCUGAAUGGGUAUGCUAUUGUCGGACACACGCAUGCGCACUUGACGCCGCCACAGGCGUCGGUUUCGCCGUUGAGUUUGGUGGAAAUGGACCAGACCAUGUUUCUACCGGCGGAGACCUCGUUUGCCGCGCAAGAAGGGUUUGGAGCGUCCGAUGGCCCUGCUGGGUUUGUCCAGGGAAGUGAAAAUGAGUCUGCGGGUGGCAGUGGGAGUGGGAGCUUUUUGACGCCGCAGGAGUAUUUGUUUGCUGAUGGGGGCUUGUCACAGCGGGAGAUGAAUGAUAUGGCGCCGUUUAUGAGCAACUUCCUCACAAGCGAACAGACCACCACAACAACUGACUUCACACCAUCUCUAUUCCACAUGGACUCAACCAUCACAUCUUGGACUGCUAUAAGCCCUGCUGCAGCAAACAACCAUGUAGUUUCUUUUGAGGAAUUCAUCUCCUCCUCCAACACCACAACCAACAGCAUCACAUCGUCGUCACCUACAGGAUCCAGUCCAAAAUCACCAUCUAUCAAAUCCGAAUUCUCCAAAUCCCCCAUCGCCCUUCGCAAAGUCAAGGAUGCCAAGAUCGAAAAGAAGACCAAAAAACCCGCCGACUCACAGUCUGGCAAAUUCGUCAUCGUGACGCCCAACUCUAUAACCGCUCACGCUGGUCGCCCCAACCCCUUCGAAUGCUUCGAAGCUAUGCGGGCUACUCAACGCGGCCGCAAGGGACCUCUGGCGUAUGAAACAAAAGAAAACGCCCUGCAGGUCCGUCGUGUCGGUGCCUGUUUCUGCUGCCAUAGCCGGAAAGUCAAAUGCGACAAGGAGCGGCCCUGCAAGCACUGCAAACGGCUGAUGCUGCAUGUUCCCCAGGUGGUAUGUUGGCAGUUUCAGGAUUUCAUCCCCGCCUUGUUCCCGGAGUUUAUCAGAGCGCACUUCAAGAAGGAUGAGAUCGUCAAGUUUUUGAAAGACAAUGUCGACGGCUUCGUGGUGCGCGGCGUGUCACAACCGUGCGAGAUUGGGCUGUUCUGUGGACUGAGGUUCUCGGCGGUGCUGAGCGUCAAGGCCAAGUUCUUCACGCCCAAGACGUGUGAUGUCCUGCAGCACUGGCAUACGAACCCACAGGGUGGCAGUCAGAACCUCCAGGCUAAUGGUUCGGCGCCGAUUGGACUCGAGUUAAACACCACGGCCCAGAGGGAUGAUUUGAGGAGGAAGGUCAAGGCGUACGUGGCGGACAUCAUAAACGAGCCGUUUUACGCGGAGCAGGUUACCGAUUCGGUGAGGUCGACGCAGUUGCCGGUCAAGAUAUUAAGAAUUGUGCAGACAUAUGCCAAACAAUCCGAUUCCCCCAUGGUCAAACGCGCUCUGUCCAUCUACGCCAUGCACUACAUCAUGACCCGGCACCUCUGCAUAACCCCCAAAUCCAUCCUUGCUCUCCAGCCGGGCCUCGUGUCCCAAAACACGCCCUUCAUAACCCCGCGCGUGCUCGCUCGUCAAAUCAAGUCCCUCAUCGAUGGGCUCAUCCUCCGUGAAAUGCAAGUCAUAUUCGAACUCUUCUCCAAGUCCCUGAAGCCCAAGCACCGUCGCGAGUGGGCUCCCUGCACUGCGGCCUUCCUCGUCCUCUGCCUCUUCAUGGAAGCCGUGGAGACUACAGCCGAGAAUUUCGUCAUUUACCAAAACGAGAUUAAUAAACGGAACAUGUCGCCGCCAGAGUAUAAGCGGGGUUUUGCGUUGGAUAUUUGCAAGGAGCUGGAGAAUAUGCCAUUCAAGCAGUUUGCAUAUCAAUUUCACAAUAUUUAUCAGACUCAUGCGAGGGAUGUGAAUACGAAAAGCUUUAAUCCCCUGUUUGAUGAGAGUUUCGAGGCGCGGGGAGAACUGGAUGGGCCGGCGGUUGAGAUGGUUCGGGGUAUGCGAGAGUUGUUUGCGGGUGAAGAUUGGCAAGAUAUGCAGUUCCUUGCCGAUGACGAAAUUAUUCUGAGUAGGGGCGAGAGCACACAUCCCAUAGAUAGCUCAUUUCUUUACACGGGGCGAUUGGUGGCCAAGUUUUUACUGUCGUUUACAGAUGAGAACGUAAUUUUUGGUGGCAAGAUCUAG